ACAUCCUGCGUCUGGUUUCUUCGAAGCGGGUGGAUACGUACCAGGUACGUCUGAAUGGGACGCGGUGUCGCGUUGUCGUAAUUUGCUAUUCAGAAAAAAUGAAAUAAGACUAUUGGUCCCAGCCACCGCGCUCCGUCACAAUGCCUCAUCGCCUCUGCUCCGUGGAGAUCAACAACAACUCCAGCUGCUACACCCUCUCCAACCCGAGGGUGUUCACUGAGAGCGGCUGCUGCGAAGUCCCCCUGCCGCCCGUGGUGGCGCCCUACUCCAACGCCAGCGCCUUGUUCAACAAGACCAGCGGCAGCGCCACCGGGGCCGUCGGCGUCUUCACCUACGACCUCUUCAACGCCGAGCUGUACGACUACAGCCACUCCGUGGCGGUCAUGUUCUCCGUGCCCUACGACCGGAACCUCUACUCCAACUGGCUCGCCGUGGGCAUCUUUGACAGGGGGAGCAGCUGCGAUUACGACCUGUAUGACCUCAUGUACAAUGGGAGUGAAACCUGUUUUGCGCGAGCCAAGGCCGACGGCUCCAGCGUCUCCUACGAGGGGGACUACGCCGUGGUCAGCGCCUCCAUGUCCGACAGCGGCGAAGCCGUCCUCAGGGUGGACAUCAGUGACACUGGCAUGUAUUAAUCCUCCUGUAGCUGCCACGUCGCAGGAUGACGGGAAUUACUGCUCAAUGGCGCCCUGUCCAUCCCGGGAGGGGGAUCCCUCCUCUGCCUUCUUUCUCCCUGCUAAAGGGGGGAGUUUCUCCUGCGCCGAUGUGAAGCUUUUGGUACGGAGGAUGUUGCACUGUAAAGCAACUUUGAGGCCAAUUUGUAAUGUGUGAUUUGGGGGCUAUGCAAAAUAAAAUGAAUUGGUCACCAGCUGCAGAGGUGCUUCUUAAAAUGUGA